AUGUUAUUUCGAAUCGUUUUUAUUGUAUCGCAUUUAAUGACAAUUUUUGCUGUACAACUUAAUUUCUAUACAUCUGUUGGUCAAGUUCGACAAGAAAUUUCAAUUAAAGAUGGCUAUGUUCAAAUUCAUUUUACUGAUCAAGAAUAUAAUGCUAUUAUACCAGGUACGAUCGAUUUUCCAGGUCAACAGAUAAUUGAGCAAGAUUUAUACAAUUCCAAUGAAGAACUACGUAAUACUGAUAUUUUUAUUCGAUUUGAUAAAUGUGAAAAUGAUCACACAUUAAAAGCAAAAUUAAUUGACCCUUAUUCAUUUUUAAUUAAAUAUGAUUCGUUACGAUAUGCUUAUGCAUCACGAGAUCAGAUUGAAUUUGAUAAAGAUCCAUUAUUGGAUGGAAUGAUUCUAUCUGUUCGAUUAGAUAAUGAAUCUAUAGAAACAACUAAUAUGACUUAUUUAACUCGUGGUCUUUGGUGGACACCGAGAUAUGAAGUUAUGGUUAUUGAUGAGCGAUCUGCUACUCUUCGAGCUCUCGCUGAUCUUAAUAAUGAACAUCAGCGUCUAUACGAUACUACACGAAGUCAAUUGGUUACCGGUAGUAUUCCAUUAGUUUCAAAUUCGGUACGAGCACCAGCUCCAAUGGAAGCACAACGUUUUGAACAAAUGGCAGGUUCUAUGAGUAAUGCAUCUCCGUCUAUAUCGUCGAUACCUGAUUCAACCAAUUUUGGUAGCUAUUCAUAUAACAUCACGCAUAAAUUUUCUCUUUUACCAAAAUCUAUUAAAACAUUUCCGUUUCUAUCUGCUAUGAUAUCAUUUAAUUAUACACUUGAAACAUCGAUGUAUCUAUCGAUUGGUGCUGCUUCUGGUUUAUUUCAACGUAUAUUUAUUAUAAAGCCAUCGGAAUUUUUACCAGCUGGCACAAUAACAUUUUAUUUAGCAACAACAGGAAUAACUUUAGGUCAAGGUCGUUUACCAGAUACACCAAAACAGAGCGAACAAAAAAUAAGUAUAGGAAAUGAUCCUGAUGUUAGAUUUAAUAUCAUUAGUGUUAUAACAGCUAUUCACCAAACACCAGUGUAUGGACAAGAUCUUGAUGUAAAUGUAACAGUUUCAAAUCGAAAAGAUGAACAAAUAGUAUCAGUUAAAUUAACUAUCAAUAGUGGAUUUCGUAAUACAACAUUGUUUAUAAAAAAUCUAUCAUCAUCGAAUAUAAGAAUAAAUCAAUCUUCAAAUGAUAAGUCCAUAUUAAUUAUUCAAGCUACAAUUCAACCGAACCAAAAUGAACGAUGCAAUUUCUCUCUUAAACAAUUGAGCUAA